GAUCGGUUUUUAUCAAAUGGUAACUGGGAUUUACAAGACAUCCAAAUUAGUAUUGCGACAACCGACCAUGAAAACUGCUGUCAUACUAAUUUCAGCGAGAUCGUCUACACCUUGAAAAUAGCAAGAAGGCCUUUGUACUACUUGUUCUAUCUGGUCGGGCCUUGUAUUAUACUCUUAUUUCUCAAUCUUACAAGCUUUCUCAUUCCAGUGGAAAGUGGGGAAAGAAUUGGCUUUGUCACAACAAUUCUUUUGGCCAUGAUAGUGUUCUUGCUGCUGAUGUCAUCUCUCCUCCCGGAGACUUCGAGUUUUGUCCCUAAACUUGGAAUAAACUUGAUGGCGACAAUGGUGAUUAUGAGUAUGGUACUCUUGUCUAAUAUCCUCGUGCUCAAGCUGUUCUUCAUGGAAGACCAUCCACCGAAAUGGUUGCAACGCCUUUUCCGCUUCUUCCACAGAAAGAAUCGAAAACGAGACGCGCAGAUUCAAGAUGUUUCCAGCGCAAAUGGGACGCAUCUGCCUGGUGUCGAGUCUCUUGGUAGUAGUCACAAGGUGAUUCGAAACUUGGAACACCUAGAAGGAAGCAAAAAGGUAGACAAGAGAUCAGAGGAAAAAGUUGAGGAGCUUACCUGGCAGAAAGUGUCCAUCAAGCUGGACAAUGUGUUUUUCUUCCUCUUCAGUUUGAUCGCUGUGAUUACCUAUGCCGUGAUUUUCAUGUAA